GCCGCGUGGGCGCCUGGCAGACGGAGGGAAGGACCCACAGAGAGGAAAGAGAAACUGGGAGAGCGGGGAAGAGAGAAAGUGAGAAGGGAAAUCUGAGCGAGGAGGAAACAGUAGACGUGGAGGGCCACGGAGAAAGAGAAAGAGAUUGAGUGUACGGGAGAGAGAGAGACAAGGUGGAACAGAGAGGGAGAGAGCGAGAGUGAGAGAGAGCGAGAGAGAGCGAGAGAGAGCGAGAGUGAGAGCGAGAGCGAGAGAGCGAGAGAGCGAGAGAGAGAGAGAGAGAGAGAGAGAGAGAGAGAGAACGGGAUGGAGACUUAAAGAAGAGACUCCAUGAGUCGCAGAAAAAGAUUUGGACAGAAACAGAAAGAUUGGGAGAGAAAGUGAUGUGGGGGUGGGGAUGCUGCGCCGAGGAGGGAAUGAGUAAGAGAGAGACUGGAAGAGACAGAGAUUAGAGAGUGAGAGAGACAGAAGGUGAGACUGGAGAGAGAGACAGUAUAAGAGGAAGGUAGAGCGUGAGAGGAAGACUCACUAUCAGAGACAAAGAGACCAAAGGGUGUGAAUGAGCAGGUGAGAACUGAGGGCUAUGAGAGGCAUCCCCUAAGGGGCAGAGGAGGAGGGGCACUGUGCCUGGGUGUCCCAGCAUCCGCGCUGCCCUCUUGUGCUCUCUGCCCUUGGGACCCCGGAGCUGCCCUUGAUGGAGGAAGGCAGACCUCGGAGCAGCCUCAGCCUGGCCAGCAGCGCCUCUACCAUCUCCUCGCUCGGCAGCCUGAGCACCAAGAAGUCCACCCGGGCGGUAAGCAAGGUGCAUGCCUUCGGGAAGAGGGGCAAUGCGCUCAGAAGGGACCCUAACCUCCCCGUGCACAUCCGAGGCUGGCUUCAUAAGCAGGACAGCUCCGGGCUCCGGCUCUGGAAACGCCGCUGGUUCGUCCUCUCUGGCCAUUGCCUCUUCUAUUACAAGGACAGCCGCGAGGAGAGCGUCCUGGGAAGCGUCCUGCUCCCCAGCUACAGUAUCAGGCCAGACGGUCCAGGAGCCCCCCGAGGGCGGCGCUUCACCUUCACCGCGGAGCACCCAGGCAUGAGGACCUACGUUCUGGCGGCUGACACGCUCGAGGACCUGAGGGGCUGGCUACGGGCGCUGGGGCGGGCCUCCCGCGCGGAGGGGGACGAUUGUGGGCAACCCAGGUUAUCUGCACGUCCCCAGACUGCGGAGGGCCCUGGCGGCCCCGGUGGUCCCCCAGAGGUGAGCAGAGGGGAAGAGGGGCGCGGCUCAGAAUCACCGGAGGUGGCUCGUCUCUCCAGAGGUCGUGGCCGGCUGCUCACUCCCAGCCCCAUGGCUGACCUCCAAUCUGGACCCCGAAUUCGGAGGACAAGGAGCCCAGACCUGUUCACACCCUUCUCUCGCUCUCCCUCCCCUCUGAGCCUCCCCCGGCCCCGUUCUGCUCCUGCGCGCAGACCCCCUCUCUCCUCUGGAGACACAGCACCUUCUGCCAGACCCCAUACCCCCCUGAGUCGCAUCGAUGUCCGGCCUCCCCUGGAUUGGGGCCCCCAGCGCCAGACACUCUCCAGGCCCCCCACUCCCCGACGAGGACCCUCCUCCGAGGCUGGGGGAGGAAGGGACCCUAGGAGUCCCCAGCACUGGAGUCAGGAGGCCAGAACACCGUAUUCCUCCCAGGCCCCCUCUGGUUCCUCCACAUAUCUCCAGCUCCCUCCGAGGCCUCCUGGGACCCGGGCUUCCAUGGUUUUAUUGCCGGGUCCCCCUCUGGACUCAACCUUCCACCAAAGCUUGGAGACAGAUACUCUGUUGACCAAGUUGUGUGGGCAGGACCGGCUCCUGAGGAGGCUGCAGGAGGAGAUAGAUCAGAGGCAGGAGGAGAAGGAGCAGCUAGAAGCAGCCCUGGAAUUGACUCGACAGCAGCUGGGCCAAACAACCAGGGAGGCUGCAGCUCCUGGGAGGGCUUGGGGGCGCCAGCGCCUCCUGCAGGACCGACUGGUCAGUGUGAGGGCCGCUCUUUGUCACCUGACCCAGGAGCGAGAGCGGGUUUGGGACACGUACAACAGCCUGGAGCAGGAGCUGAGCACCUUGAGAGAGACCCUUGAGUACCUGCUGCACCUCGGGUCCCCCCAGGACAGAGCAUCUGCUCAACAGCAACUGUGGAUGGUGGAAGACACACUGGCAGGUCUGGGGGGCCCCCAGAAACCACCCCACCACACUGACCCUGACUCCCCAUCCCCUGCACUCCAAGGCGAGGAGUCCUUAGAGAGGGAGAGCCUGCCUGAGUCCUUGGAACUGAGCCUACCCCGGUCCCCUGAGGCUGACUGGGGGCGGCCCCCAGGGGGCGACAGAGAGCUGGCCAGCCCUCGCUCAGGUCUUGGAUCGCCAAGGGUCUCCCGGGCUUCCAGCCCUGAGGGUCGCCGCCCCCCUUCCCCACAGCCAGGAACCAAGGUCCCCCUGGCCCGGCCCCGGAUGAGUGCUCAGGAGCAACUGGAGAGAAUGCGCAGACACCAGGAGUAUGGACGGCCUCUCCCUCGCCCAGCCUCCCCCCGGCUCCUCACUCUGGGGAGGACACUGUCCCCAGCCGGACGCCAGCCUGAGGCAGAACAAAAACCUGUCUUGGGACACUCAGGAGCCCAGAAAUGGCUUAGAAGCUCGGGGUCCUGGAGCAGUCCAAGGAACACCACCCCUUAUUUGCCGACAUCCGAAGGGCACCGGGAGCGAGUUCUCAGCCUCUCUCAAGCCCUGGCCACUGAGGCGUCGCAGUGGCACAGAAUGAUGACAGGUGGAAAUUUGGAGUCUCGAGGAGACCCUCUUCCCCCUGCCCCGCCGCCUCCGUCAGAGCCCCCGCCCCAGGUGUCCUCCCCCCCAAGAUCUCCUCCAGCUGCCAAUUCCCGCUCCUCGGGGUUCUCCCGCAGAGGUAGUGGGCGCGGCGCAGGCCCCGCCUCCUGGGAGCCGACGUGGGAUUCCGGGAUCGCCCCUCCCGCCCUAACCCAAGACGAGGGGGCGUGGCCUCUUCGAGUCACUCUGCUGCAGUCCAGCUUCUGACCCGCCUAAAAGUGGCAACCAAUCAGAGAGUGAGGGCGUGGCCUGGAGGUACCUCCCGGAGAUCUGGAGCCUCUCCGGGAACCUGGGGGCGUGAUCUGGUCCCCUCAGGUGGCCUAGAAGGGGAGGGGUUUCUAUGGCCAAAGUUUGGUUUUCCCAACACUUGUCCAGGUUUGGAUUAAAACUUUGACCUUUUA